AUUCAAACAACAAGAUUAGCAAUUAAACCACAAAAUAUUCAACUAGUUGAGGAAAAAAUAAUGUUUAUUUAUAAUCAAUCUAUUUACAAACAGAAAGAAUACUCAGCUUUUGAGCUUCUAUUCAAGGCAAACUCUAUAGAUACUUAUUCCAAAGAUACUAUUCAAGAUAUUAACAGACCAAGCUAUCUUUUGUCUAAUAAUUCUGGGUUAAAAAAUAGUCUUUUGGUUUUCUCUAUUAAUAUAUUUAUUGAUAGAUCUACCAAUUCUUUUCUUGACAUAUAUAGUCCUAUUCUUAUUAUUAAUCAACCAACCCAAAAUGAAGCUACAAGCAAAGAAGUUUUCAGAGAAGAUUAUUAA